AUGUCUAUGAGAAGGGGGAAGACAUGCAUGGAAGAACCUAUCGUAGAUCAAGAACUGGCUAAAGAGAAGGAAGAUCACCAAAACACAAAAAGCGAUCAGAAAAAGGAAGGAGUUCUUAUGCCGAUAUGGUUGUUGGGUCUUCCAAGGAAAGAGGCUAUUCAUGAAAAAAAAAGAAUCGAAAAUGGUGGAGUUUAUGCAGCAAUCUGCAUGGUUGUCUUCUUUGCUCCGAUCGUUCAGUCUCAGGGUACACAGAUACCGGAGGACAAAUCCAAGGUAAAUGAUUGGUUCAGUAGCGUUAUCAAGCCUCUCAAUCAAAGGGCUGGCACUUUAGACCCAGAAUUGGUUGAGGCCGAGACUGAACCUAAAAUCAUAAAGGUUAAGCAAGGUGACGGUGGAGAUUUCACUACCAUAAUGAAAGCCAUCGACAGCGUUCCAGCCGGGAACAACAAACGCGUUAUAAUAUCUAUCGGACCCGGGUCUUACCAAGAGAAAAUCACGAUCCCUCGAGACAAGCCUUACGUUACACUGAUGGGAGACCCCAAAAACAUGCCCAAUUUGACAUUUGAUGCCACCGCCAAGGACUACGGAACUGUAGACAGCGGCACGCUCACUACCUUGUCUAGUUACUUUGUGGGUGCUUAUCUCAACAUAAUAAACAAUGCUCCGAAGCCUGACGGGAAAAGGGAAGGAGCACAAGCGGUUGCCUUGAGAGUAUCCGGUGACAGAUCGGCAUUUUAUGGCUGCAACAUAUUCGGUUUUCAGGAUACAGUGUGCGAUGACAGGGGGAACCACUUCUUCAAGGAUUGCUAUAUUCGAGGCACCGUUGAUUUCAUUUUUGGUAGUGGGAAAUCUUUAUAUCUGGACACGGAAAUAUUUGUAGAAAUAGAACCGAAACUUACAGUAAUCACGGCACAAGCUAGAGAAAGUUCAUCGGAGGACACCGGGUACUCCAUUGUGCACGGAAAAAUCACCGGAACGGCAAAGGGUUCAUUUUUGGGGAGGGCAUGGAAGAGCAGUCCGAGAGUUGUUUAUGCUUAUACUGAAAUGACCGACGUUGUGAAUCCUGCCGGCUGGUCUCAUGAAAUGCAACCAGAAAGAACCAAAACUGUUUACUAUGGAGAAUACAAGUGCACUGGGGUAGGCGCAUCUUCCAGUGGGCGGGAGCCAUUCACCAAGCAGCUAACCGAAAAGGAAGCCGAACCAUUCCUGUCGCUUGACUACGUUGCUGCCACCAAAUGGCUGCUCCCUCCUCCGAUGAUCUGAU